CGCGAGGAAAAUAAUCGCUGCUGGAUAUCGAACUGAUGAUGGAGAUGUAAUUAAAUCAGAUAAAUUUAUGAUUUAUCCGGAUGACUUAGUAUUAAUUAAGAAGAAGUUAGAAGUGGAUAUAAGUCCCAAGAGUAUGGAAGUUGAAGAAAAUUUACGGGAGAGAUCACGUAGAGGAAGAGAAUUGAAAAUAAAAUCGAGUAAUCGAUCAAGUUUAACUCAGCCGGUGUAAGUUUUUAAUUAAUGAGACCGUAAUUUGGAAGACUAAUGAUUACUUGAUUAGAUAAAUUAUUUAGACGCAGUAUUCUGAGAAUAAUGGAACCGAAAAAAAUAAUAGUUGCCACGCCGGUGGAAAUUACGUUUAAUAAUUACCAAUUAAACAAACUCUACAAAAAAAAAGCAGUCAUUAAAAAUGUAAGUAACGUUUUAGCAAGGUAUCAAGUAGACAAAAGACCAGAAGGUUCUAAAUUCCGUGUCAUAAUUUCUACAUCACGAGGAGAAAAAGAACAUUUAGCUCCGGGAAUGCAAGCCUUUAUAAUUAUUUAUUUUAAAUCGGAACUUCCGGACGAGUAUACAGAACAAGUAAACAUUCGUGUGCAAAAUGGAAAAUCAAUCGUUAUUAAUCUUCAUGCUUAUCGAGAUUGCCCAGUGCUUGAAAUAACAAAUAUUUACGAUCCAUGUUUAUGUCUAACUUCAAAAACUUUAACGCCGACAACUGAUGUCUCCAAUGAAAUUUUAUCAUGGAAUAAUUAUAUAAAAAAUUUAGACAAUGAUAAUUUCAAUUGUGACCCAAUGAUUGAAACAGAAUUAGAAUGUGGGAAAUGUUUUGUUGGAGAAGAAAUAAAUAUUAAGUUGCAGGUAAAAAAUAAUGGAGGUGAUGGUAAAUUUUUUUUAAUCAAUGAAAUUGAUUGGUAUACUAUGAAUAUUAAUAACAUCACGGAAGACAAUGUUGUCAUGUUAGGUUGUUUCAAUAUUUCGCCUGCUUAUUUUAUACUCCAACGAAAUGAAAUACUUAUUUUAAAUAUUUUUUUUACCCCAAGUACACAUGGAAUGCAUGUUGAUAAGCUUUUAAUUAUCUGUGAUAAUUAUUCGAUUAAAUUAUUAGAUAUACUUGGCGAUGGGAUUUUGUUUGAACAAGAUUUUAUUCAGUUUAAAUAUAAAGAAAACAGUAGCGAUGAACAGCUAAUUGGUAAUUGGCUUAUCGAUUUAGGAGUAGUUGAUUCGAAAAAUAAUUUUGUACUGUUUAGCAUUACAAAUUUAUGUGAAUUAGAGAUAUAUUACUAUUGGAAAAAAAAUAAUUCAAGAUACAAUAACGAUGAAAAUGAAUCGUUGAGUGAUUUCCCAUUGGAUUCAAUUAAAAUAGAUUCGAUCAGUGGCCUCUUUUCUCCUUCAUCAACCCAACAAUUCACACUCACAAUCGAUACGAUAAAUUUAGACGGUGGAAAUUAUCAUACUGAAUUACAACUUUUUUUAGAAGACAUUCCUGCAUCAGCAAUUACUACAAAUAAAUUGUUAAUUUAUGGCUGCAGUAAUAAACGUCGUAAAUGUAUGAACUCGAUUGAUGUUUGCAUUGGCCAUAUUGAAGUACAUGGAAAAAUUAAUUAAAACUCAUUAUCAGUUACAAAACACCAUAAAACCAAUUUAAAG